AUGAACGGCAAACAUGCCAGAUGCUGCCACAGUUGUGGAGAAACGUGGAUGGAAGUAGGAGAAGGAUAUGGCAAUUCGUACAGGUCAUGGUCCAAAUCCCGCCACCAUCAGAACCACAAUCAGCAGCAGUGGCCUCAGACACCGAGACCCAAGUCACCCAGGCAGAAAGGAAAAGGCAAGGGGAAGAAGGGAAAGAGUCCCCGCCCACGCAAGCAGCAUCAAGGUGGCGAUCCAUCGACCCAGAUGCAAACACAACCCGGGCCGAAUCCCGCCAAGGCGGCUGUACCUACAGUAGCAACCGGGCUGUCGUGGAUGCAGGCAGCACAGUCAAUGACAGCUCCUAUGCCAGCGGUGACUGCAGAGGCCCAUCCACCUGCCGCGGUGGUGCCAGUAGAAUACAAGGGAUUGAUCGAAUCCCUGAAGAGGAACCAAUCCAAAGGCACUUUGCCAGAGGAUGUUCAACAAGAAAUGAAGACCCUUCAGGUCAAAGAAGAAAAGGAGCAUACAAAGGAAUUGAAUCAGGCCGUCAAAGGUCUCAGAAAGGCAAGGAAGGAAUUGCAAGAAUCCUUCGAAGCUCGAGCACAGCUGCACUCACAAUGGCGUACCUUUCUAUCUUUGAGUGUUACUCAAUGGCAAGGUUUCACCUCACAGUUCCAGGCCCAAGAAGCAGUUGCAUUGAGGAGGGUUACCGAUGCACAGACUGCCUUGCAGGAGGCCAAAGCGCAGCUGGCCAGCUCCAAGGAGAUUGCAGACAUAUCUACGAAUGCCAAUGCAGAACCAUCCGAACAUGGAGUGGCCGAUGUCGAUUUGAUUUCAGACGACGACAGUGCCAAAGUGGAGGACAAUGUUUCCAAGAUGCAAGCGGGUAUGCAGAAUCUUACAGUUACAUUGGAACGACUCCACCAUGCGGCGGAGGAUAUCCUCGCCAGCGAGCAGGCAGCCAAGAAGGCGAGGAUCGAAAGCCAGGAAGAUGCCAACUCGAGCAUACCUGGUGGUUCACAACUCCAGCCUUUUGCCAAGCCCGGCACCAAACGACCACAACAGGGUGUUGCCGGAGAGGCUCAUUUGAUUGUGUUGAAGUGGACGCACUCCAUUUUGGCAGAACCAACUUUCUGCACAGAGUGGGAAGCUGAGACGAAGGCGCUGGCUUUAUCUCUGGAGUGUGGUACAAUGGGGGGCAACAUGAUCAAAGCUUUGCCAAAGGAGCCCAGGCGGCUAAUGCCAAGAGCAAUCUCAAUUUCCAAAAUUAGCUUUUCAGAUGAUGUGACAGUGCUGUGUGUGAAUCCCUGGAGACGCAAUUGUGCCAUUUCACAUUGCGGACAUGGACAGAUUCAGGAAACUCUCGCACACCUUCAAUUCAAAAUCACUGUUGAUGAUGCUCCGCUGUCUGCCUCUUGGGGUAUGGCCGUGUCGAGCUCCAACAGUUGGAACCCAGAUGAAUCCUCUUUCAUGCAGCUUCAACCCCGCAGGCACAAUGAGCCAGAGCGACAAUCCGCUCUUCUUUUUCAUCUCACAGAUGUCCCAGUGCAUGCUAUGCUACACUGGGUUCACUUUGAACCAAUGAUGCGUGAAAUUGCUCACCACUUUGCAAUUGAUCGAGCUGAACUAUUGGAUUGCCAUGACAUGCAAGAGUUUCCUGAUGACACGCCGGUAGGGACGGUGCCAAUUAUUGUCCAGUUUGCCAGAGAUAUACCGGUCGGUCAACAGAUGGUCUUGAUUUUGAUUGACAUUGCCCUUCACGGACAAGAGCGGGAGCCACAUUUUCAAACUGCACCGAGGGUGCAGAGGAAAGUAGUGCCGGUGCCGUACAUGCUGGCUAGGCAAACCUUGUUGAUUCAACUUCAGGUCUUUGAGUACUGUCGCUUUGAACACAAUAGGUGCCUUGUCAAUCACAACAAAGACGCAUGGCCUUUUCAAGAGUUUUGGCCGCGACAGAUGCAGCAUGGGGACUAUGUCGAAGAUUUCUGGGAUAGAUAUUACAUCCCUACGAGUCCAUCAGAAGCCUUGAAUGAGUCAGAAACAGAUGUUUCUCCGAGUUUGAUCGACUCUGAAGAAAUCCGCAAUGAAUAUGGGCCAAGGAAUGAUGAGGAUGCACCGGAACUGGAAGAUGACGCUGCGAGCCUCAUGCACAUACAGACGGCUAGUAGCAGUUCGACGGGACCCAAUACAGAACAAGCUGUCAAUGACUCCUGUGUUCUUAAUUUCCCAAUGAAUUUCGAUCCUGCUCAUGACAGAUGGCCAUUAUGGUUUCGAGGCGCAACAUCAGCUUUCUUUCAAGGAGCAACGAUCGAAGAUGAUGAUGAGGGACCUGUGGCGUUCCUGACCACAUGGUAUGCCGACUGUAAUCUGCCUCUGGUAAGCGAAGAAUCCAGGGUUAUUAGGGUGGACAGUUACUCAUAUCUCUGGGCACAGGACAUUCAGAACCUGUGGCAAGACAAAAUCCAGACUGGGGUACCUGUCCACUUUGCAUGGGUCCAGCCUCGACCACCAGAGACACCAUAUGCGCGUACAAUUGGCCAUUUGAUUGUCUUCCAACAUCCGAAUCAGCUUGUUGCACCUGUACUGCUCCACUUUGAUUUUCAGGCUCUUAAUCUGGAUGGCACAGCAUUUGCAGUUGCAGUUUUGCGACAUAGUGCAACACCUGAGGAGGUAGUUACGCAAGCCAAGUUGGAUCGCAUCUGCCGGGGUCGCCGCUGCACCCUCCAUCGUGGUGUGUCAGGAUUUAAAUGGACUGAUGACCUUUUGACUGGCGAGUGUAUCAAAUUGUUCAUCCCACCACCUGGAGGUAGAGCCCAUGAUCAAUUGCACUGGGGUCUCGGGUCAGUAGCUUUAGUCUUCCCUGAUGAUUUUGUGCCAGCAGUUCCGCUCCUCUCUAUGAGAAUAGAGGACCAGCCAACAUGCAUUCAAAGCCUUUAUGAACUUUGGCUCCAACUUGCACGCCGAGGUGGAGCUGAAAUUGAAAUGACACUUGUAAUUCAAACAUGGUACCUUGAUGGUGUGUCAGUCACCCGAAAUGAUGAGCACAGACCGGUGCUACUAGGGGAUGAUUACACCACCUGGAUCGAUGACAUGAGACGAGUUUGGCAGGACCAAGAGGAUGCUAGUCUUGACAUGGACUUUGCCCUGAUCCACCCUACACCACCAUGUAGUCCACUCAGCAGCAUUCAUGUCCUUUUAUAUCAGCAGUUUGCAAGUAACCAAGUCGGAGUUGUUGUCUCGAUCUAUGACAAUGCAGUUGUGGCUGAUUCCCCUCACUCUAUUGCGGUUGUGCUUCCUAACCUUCUCAUGACAAAUGCACGACUCUUGGAGGCAGUUGGUCGACAAUCGGAUUGUGAGUUACCAGGAGUCCAAUGUCGCUCCUGGUAUGAGGGAUGUGAAAUCACACCAGAAGGACGCAGUGUCAAGCAUGGAGACAGUUUGCAAAUUCACAUCUAUCGAGCGCACUUGCAUGAUUGGGAUCAGGAUGAUGGCAUUGCUCUCAUGCAAACAAACGGACCACACCAUGCGGGAAGAACGCAAGGUACAUCAAUGAAUGCAGUCCUUGCGAACACAUCCCAAACCUGUUUGAAUGUGCAUGCGGCAGAGUUUAUACCAGGACGUCCAAUGAUUUCUAGCCUCCCAGAGCAGCUCCAAGACUUGCAUGCAUUAUGGCACCAACAUGCAUCCGUUUCGGAGAGAGGCGAAAGGAGAUCUAGUGUCCAAACCUGGUUUCUCAGCCCAGGCACCCAGCGCAUGAAGUGCGGAUACUCCAGGAAGGUCCAUUUGUAUGAAGACUAUAUGCAAUGGGAACAGCGAAUCAAAGAGGUUUGGCAUGAUGACCUUGAUCCUACCAGUCCAGUUUUUCUGUUUGUGGUACAACCCACACCAAUUGCUCUUGAGCAUGAUGCUGUUGCGCAUGUUUUGGUUACCCAGGCACCAACGGAAAAUGAGGUCUCCAGUUUGGUCACCAUCUUUGACAAUGCUGUGCAUAACGGACACCCGUUCCGUAUAGCCAUUGUCACGCAUGAGCAUAUUCGGCAAGCAGAAAUCCUUGAGCGCAUUGGGUACACAGAGGAGGUACGACGCUAUGCCACAAGUAUGAGAUGCGUGUUUUGGCAUAACUCCUACCAAUUCCACCACACACAGAGAGUCCCAGGACGUGAUGGUGACAAUCUGAUGGUCCGCUUCGAUCGGAAUUUGAUUGAACCGGAUUGGCACCCACCAUUUCUCCCAGUUAACCCUGGUAUGGAAGGCCUUCAAUUCCUUCAGAUGCAAACCACACAACUUGGAAAAACCAUCCGGCAUGAAGCCGAAGAGAGUGAGACUGUGAAGUUGAACAUUAGCCCUGUCCAAUCAGUGCUGGAUAGCUUUGAUACUCACUUCUCGCUUCCAGCAUUUGACAUUGAAAGCCGCCUCGAGGGACACGUCCAUUGGCUGCCAGAAUCCCUGCAGUGGAUUCGCACAUUUUGGUAUGCAUGCGAUGGACCAGUAGAUCGUAUUCGAAUCUAUUAUGAUGGAUCCUUCAAGCCAUCGGCCCAGACCAUUGGAUUUGCGGCAGCUGCAUUUGUUCACUACCAAGGUGAUUGGUGUUUUGCAGGAGCCAUCUCAGGAAUGGAUCACACAAACACGGGAUUGGGAUCCUACAAGGCGGAACUCUUUGCAUCAACCAUUGCCACCAAAUUCCUUUAUGACAUUAGUAAGGUUUUAUGUGAGCUUUUUGCAUGCCAGCCCCGAUGCGAAUUAGUUUUUGAUUCACUCACAGUCGGUCGCCAAUCAGAAGGCCGAUGGAAAGCUGCUAAAGCCAUUGAGGGUUGCCAUUUGAUUCGUAGCAUUCUGCGACUGUGUGAAUCCAGAUUCGGAAUCAUUGCUGAGCAUACAUUUUGCCCCAGCCAUGCAGGCGAACCAGGGAAUGAGCUGGUAGACCAAUUAGCUUUCAGUGCCGCAUCCGGUUUUCCCCUGCAAGACUGGACCCAUUUCCUUGAUCAAAUGCAGCGUCGUGAAGUGAUCACGGCCAUGGAGUGGACAUGGAUGCUAUUUGAACCUCUGCCUGCAGUUCAUGCUACGGAAGGACAAUUGCACUUCCCUGCCAAACCUUCGACCACGCCUGCCAAUGAUGUCAUUCCCACUUUUGAAGCACCCCAGGGUUUGCCUCAGCAAUGGAAAAUCAAAAUGACAGUAGCAACAUGCAAUAUCUUGACGCUUCAAAGUGGACGCAAGACUGAUCAGAUCUUUCAGACAGGGGGAAUGAAUGAAAAAAGCCAACCGUUUGUGGACUUUCUAGCAGUACAAGACUUGUUUCUGCCGAGUACAUUUGAAGAUCUGCACCAUGGCUCUGGAGGAACGUGGCUUCACUUUGAUGGGACAUGGAAACGUAAUGACUUCAUUGGCCUGAGUUGCAGCCUGCCUUAUCAGGAAUGCACUACGUGGAUCCCGGAGGAAAUUGAUUUUUCUCUUGCCAAAGAGGAUCACCGGCCGCUGUUUGCACGGAUCGCUUGGGAAGUGACAUGCAUGAAUGGAUCUCACCCGAAGCGAGGCCCCAAGUACCGGCAUGAGCAUUUUGACCAGAAGACGCUUGCUGACCAAGCCAAGAAAAGUAAGCAGUCAUUUGAUGUUGAUGUUCACACACAUGCCUGGCAAGUCCAGCAGGCGUUAGUCGCAUGCUGCAGACGCAAAGUAUCCAUGCCCAAGAAGCCACGCAAAGCCACUAUUACUGCAAUGACUUGGACUCUGAUUCAGCACAAACAGCAAUGGCGCCGAGUAUUGGCCGACCAUCAGAAAAUUCAGAAACAAACCCAAUUGACCAAGUUCUUUGCUGCCUGGCGUUGUUCACGCUAUGGGAAGUUGCCAGAGAUUCAGAUCCAGGAGUUUGACCGCAUGUUGCAGGCACAAGAUCGUGACAUUGCCUCGGCUUUGUCUGCAUUUCGAGAUCUAGGGCGUCAAGUCACUGCUGCAUUGCGCUCAGAUGAUGCUGCCUUUUUUGCUUGCCUCUCUCGGGAAGUUUCGGACUUCCUUGGUCCUCACCAAACCCGAGAAUUUUGGCAGAUCUUGCGUCGGAGUUUGCCUCGAUUUCGUUCCCGUAGGUUUGGACAUGACCCUCACAAAGUGGAAGUCUUGCAAGACCAAUGGGCGCCGUAUUUCAUGCAACUUGAAAGCGGUGUACAGAAAGCAGCGCCACGCAUCGUAGAAGACUGCCAUAGCCGGCAGAUGGGUCUCCCUCCGGCACAACUCUGUUUUGAUCACUCCGACUUGCCUUCCAUCAUUGAACUUGAAGAUGCCUUGCGAGAGACACAGGCUGAUAAAGCCACAGGUCUGGACCCCAUACCGUCAGGGCUUUUUCGUGCAUAUGCCACUGAACUUGCAACCAUUUAUUUUCCGCUUCUGUUCAAAAUUUGCAUUUGGCAGCAUGAACCUGUGGCUUCAAAGGGAGGUCAAAUCGCAGUGAUUUACAAACGAGGGUCAGGCCUACAGGCUUCUGAUUAUCGUGGGAUCAUGCUGUUGCCUUCUUUCGCCAAGAGACUACAUGCUUUGUUGCGUGUGAGAGUGAUGAAAUUGUUGGGCCACCAACGCCCUCAAGGUCAACUCGGGGGUUUUCCUGCGAUGCAAGUACCAUAUGGAUCCCAGCUCCUGCAAACUUUCGGAAGAUUGAUGGAUGCCAUUGAUGUUUCUUCCGCUGUGGUUUUCAUUGAUCUGAGCAAUGCUUUCCACAGACUCAUCCGGGAGCUGGUUUCUGGAAUUUCCAUCCCGGAAGAUGUUGAGGACUUGCUUGAAAGGCUGAUGGAGGAAGGGCUGCCGGUUACUGAGCUCAUUGAAGUUUUGCAACUCCCUUGUCUUUUGGAGAAGCUACAGGCCCCGCAGUUUCUGGUGAAGUUGAUCCAAGACCUCCACACAGAUACUUGGAUGUAUGUCCCAGGCGCCCAAGUUGCUGCCACCAUUUUGUGUAACAGGAACAUCCCUGAGCACACUCGGGUGAGGAUGUUCCGGGCACUGAUCGAGAGCCGCCUUUUCUUCGGCCUAGGGGCUUGGAAAACACCAACAGCACGCCAAAUGGCAAAGAUCCAAGCAGCUCUCUUAGCCAUGCUACGUAAACUUUUCCGCCUGAAGCCGGAGGAAAUCCAAUGUACAACAGCAGCGGACCUUUUCCACCGUGCGCAACUGUGCUCCCCUAGAGCAAGGCUUGCGGUAGAUCGACUUCUCUAUGCGCAAAAGAUGUGGCAGCAUGGUCCUGAGAUGCUGCAACAUUGUCUCCACAGGGAAGAAGCCCUCACUCCAGACUCAUGGAUGCUGGGCCUGAAGUAUGAUCUACAUUGGCUAUAUGAGCUAGAUCCGCUCGGUGUGCCACCUUUAGCGCCUAUGUGCCAUGCCAAAGACCCUGCGCACUUUGACCUCACGGAUGUCAUUGAUUUUUGGCAAGCUGGAGGAACAGAGUGGAUUAAGGGUGUGAAAAGAGCCUGGAAAAGAUUUGUCCGCCAAGAGACCAUGAUGAAUGACCUCAUUGACUUGCACAGACAAUUCUUCCAGGUCCUCACAAAGGAAGGCAAGGCCACUUUUGAUCCUUCACCCUUUGGGCAAGCGGAUCAACGAGCCUGCACAUUCCUUUGCCAUUGUGGUAGGCAGUUCACCACCGCGCAAGGGCUGGCACUUCACAAACGCCACAAACAUCAAGAAUUCUCUGUCGAGCACGACUUGAUUGAAGGGACCACGUGUCCAGAGUGCCUUCGGCACUUUUGGUCCAAACAAAGACUAUACCAACAUCUUUCAUAUAUCCCCAGGCGCACCCAGAUCAAUGAGUGCUAUCAAGCACUACGACAACGAGGCUUCAAGGCAGACACAGUGAUUGGGCCAUUUCACCAACUGCCUAAGGAAGUGCGAGGGCUGAGCCGCGUUGAGGCUCAACAAGCAUUUGGCCCCAGGCAACCACUGGCAGUCCAUCAUCAGCAGAUCAUGAAGCCGCUGCAAGUCAGAAUCGACCACUUGCGUGAACAGCUGGCUAUUACACACAAACCGGAGGACCCAGUGGCAACCAGAGGACAAGUAUGUGAAUUUCUGACCACUACCACCAAUGAGUGGUUUCAACAAUUCUGUCAAGAAGGCUAUGAUGAGGAGCUGGCUGAUAAUCUGCCUGACCUUUGGCUAGCUGUCCUUUUCCAAUUUGAGGAAGGCAUUGACGAAUGGAUUGAGGCAGAGAUUCUAGCAUGGGGUCAGAACCAUCUCCCAGAUGUCAUUGCGACCUUCGAAGACGGGGUAGCUGAGAAGCUGGUCGAUGAGCAGUAUGCACAGAUGAUUGAUGAUUUUCCCCGACAACAGUUGCUGAAGCAGAUUGCCCAGUGUGAAGCACGUGUGCGAGAGGCAGAAGUUGAGAGUGGGAAGCAGUUCCCGCACAGGGCCAUGCGCAGUGCCAAUGCCAAUGUUACCGAAAGAGCGGUGCAUGAUGCAAAAGUGGGCAGUCUCUUUACAACUCAGACUGUCCUUUUCGCGCAGAUCAGCAAGGCCAAAUGGUUAGACCUUCCUGCAUCUACCAAGCUGCCCCUCUGUGCAACCGUGCAAGAGCAACCUCUGUUUCUUAUUGCGCACCUCUUCAGCGGACGUCGUCGGGUUGGUGAUUUAUUGCGGCUGUAUCAGGAAGGGCGCAUUGCGGCUACCAUAACUGGGGCGCCAUGUGAGACAUGGUCAGCGGCCAGACACAAUGUCCUGGUAGACGCAGAGGGGAAUCCUGUACCGCAUCAACCGCGGCCACUGCGCGAUCGAGAGAAUAUCUUUGGCAGAAAGGGUCUCACUGCCAGGGAACUCAGGCAGCUGCAGCAGGGAUCUCUCUUCUUUAUGCAGAUGACAAUUACAAUAGCGUGGGCACUUUGCACAGGCGGACUGUACCUGAGUGAGCACCCAGCUCCUCCAUCUCAUCCGGAGGCAGCCAGCAUUUGGUUGACACCAUGGAUACGUCUGCUACGAAUGCAUCCGGAAGUGGCCUUGCAUGUAGUUGCACAAUGGAAGUGGGGAUGUACAGUUAGCAAGCCAACGGGCUUGCUGGCGGUCAGGCUACCGUUUUUUGGUAGAUCCAUGCACAGCCGACAGCUUGAGCAUGCCGUUGCCCCCAAAGAGGUGGCCAUUGGU